GUUUUUAGAGAGAGAAAGGGGAGAGUUUUAAACAGAGGGGGAAGAAGAAAGAAGGAAGAAGGUGGAGGAGGAUUGCGUGUUUGUGUCGCAGAUUCCUCCUCCAUUUUUUGUUUUGAUGUGGUUUUAUUGAAGGAGUUUUGUUUGUUAGGGAAAGUGUGGUGAGAUCCAGAAAGAAAGGGGGGAAUUAGGGUUACGAUUUGAUCGAAACAUAAUGAAUGUGAUGCGUCGUUUGAAGAGUAUCGCCUCUGGUCGUACUUCCGUUUCCGAUACCAGUGGAGAUUCUAACACUAAGAGGGUAAAGGCUGAGCGAGAAUCUGCGAGUACAUCAGGAGAUCAGCCUGAGAGUGCUAAGUCUGCAAGGAUGGCUGCCGGAACAUCUUCGAUUUCUAAACAUGAAAAAUCCGACUAUGAAAACCUUCCCAAAGAAAUGCAAGGAAUGAAAAUCAAGGAAGAUAAAUCUGAUGACAAGGAUUUUGAGGCUACUCUUGUAAAUGGUACUGGUACAGAAACAGGUCAAGUCAUUGUGACUUCGGUGGGUGGUCGAAAUGGAAAACCAAAGCAGACUUUCUCUUACAUGGCGGAACGUGUUGUUGGUACCGGUUCAUUUGGUGUCGUCUUUCAGGCCAAAUGCCUUGAGACAGGUGAAGCUGUUGCUAUAAAGAAGGUGCUACAAGAUAAAAGAUACAAGAACCGAGAACUUCAAAUUAUGCGUUUAUUGGACCAUCCAAACAUUGUUCCACUGAAAAAUUGUUUCUAUUCAACAACCGACAAGAAUGAAGUGUACUUGAACGUUGUCUUGGAAUACGUACCUGAAACAGUAUAUCGGGUGUCGAGGCAUUAUGUCAGGAUGAAUCAACAUAUGCCUACUAUAUACAUACAAUUGUAUGCGUAUCAGAUCUGCCGUGCUCUUAACUACAUUCACAACGUUAUUGGUGUAUGCCAUCGUGAUAUUAAGCCACAAAAUUUAUUGGUUAAUCCACAAACUCAUCAGCUAAAACUAUGUGAUUUUGGGAGUGCAAAGAUGUUGGUACCCGGGGAACCAAAUAUCUCGUAUAUUUGUUCAAGAUAUUAUAGAGCUCCUGAAUUGAUCUUUGGAGCAACAGAAUACACCAACGCAAUUGACAUGUGGUCUGCAGGUUGUGUUUUGGCUGAGCUACUCCUGGGACAGCCUCUUUUUCCUGGUGAAAGCGGUGUAGAUCAACUUGUAGAGAUAAUCAAGAUUUUGGGUACGCCAACACGUGAGGAAAUUAAGUGCAUGAAUCCUCAUUACACCGAAUUCAAGUUCCCGCAGAUCAAAGCUCAUCCAUGGCAUAAGAUAUUUAACAAGCGCGUGCCAUCCGAAGCCGUUGAUCUUGUUUCCCGCCUGCUCCAGUACUCACCAAAGCUGCGAUGUACCGCUCUGGAGGCUUGCACUCAUCCUUUCUUUGACGACUUACGGAACCCAAACACAACUCUGCCGAACGGCAAACCCCUCCCUCCUCUAUUUGACUUCACACCUCAAGAACUUGCUCAUGCAUCUCCGGAACUACUUCAACGGCUGAUACCCGAACAUGCCAAAGAAUGAAUUACGUGAUCACGAGAGGAUUUCAUUGUGAAAGUCGGGUUUUUGAAUACUUACCCUUGCACAAUACGCAUUAUACUUGUUCUUUUCGAUCUUUUGGCUACACUAUCUAAUCAAGUUUAUAUUUAACUGUAACGCAACGAAAAUAUAUGGAUAUUGUGUAGCUAGGUUCGAUUUUCGAGCAUUCCAUAUGCUCGAUGGAUGGAUUGCUUACAUCGUGGCUAUACUUCUAAUGAAUUUGAUUUUUUCGUUUUUUUCA